UGUUCAAGUUUUGAAUCUAUUUUCCCUCUCAAGGAAGAGGGGCUUUUGAUUUGUCUCAGCAUUGAACGCCACCCAAGUGUUCGUUGAAAUGCCGCUGAAGAAAGAUGCCACAAUCACCCACCAACCUCGAAGGUCUUCAAGAUUCCUUCAAGAAAACAACGAUCAGCUUCCCCCAACAACUCCUCGAAGGUCUCCUAGGUUCCUCAGCCACAACCCCACAACACCCAUCGCUUCUAAGCUCAAAGAUUCUUCAAAGAAACCUUCCAAUCAGAGAAAGCCAAUUGAAUCUUGCUCCCGAAACACCAGAGGUUGUACCACUCUGUUGAGAAGAUCUCCCAGAUUCGUCGAAGGGGAAGUCUCUACUGCGACGUACCAAAACGACGGGAAAGAGAGCAGAAACGACAAACCCUCGGUGUCCGAGGCGAAGGUGGAGAAAAAACAUGUGGUUUGCGGUAUUGCGAGUGUGGAAGUUUCUGAUGUAAGGAAGAAUGAAGGUGGAGAGAAGGCAAAGAGGAAGAAGAGAAAGCGUGGCAAAGAGACAGCGGAAGGGUGGGCCAAGGAACAAGAAUUGGCACUGCAAAGAGCAUUCUUUUCUGUGAAACCAAGCCCCCAUUUUUGGAAGAACGUUUCUAAAAUGGUGCCAGGAAAGUCUCAACAAGAUUGCUUUGAUAGAAUUCAUGGUGACCACAUGACGCCGCCUCAAUUGCCUCCUCGAUCAAGGGCAAGGACAGUUAAAUCAUCGCCCAUUCAACAAUUCUCAAUCUCUGCCAGUGAACUGCUCAAACCCACUGAUAAGAAGGUUAGAAGACCAAAUAUUCUCAAACCAAAGAACUGCAUAACCCAGAAGUCUGUUGAGAAGCUGUUACAGCACCGUCUUCAAGUCGAUCAAGGCCGCAGAGGGGACAUAUUUUCCAUUCUUGAACCAAACAUUGAUUUUUCUUCCAAUGCUUCUCAGCCUAGUGCAGCACUUUCUACUCCAACGAAACAAAAGGAAAACCAAGUGUUGCUGCAAAGUUGCACUGAGACAUCAUCUUCAAGCCAUAAGAAGAAGCAGUCCCUUUCAAGAUUUAGCGGCUCCCACGUUACAAAUCUUGUUAGCCCCCCUGUGCUAAAGCAAGUGAAGAACAAGGGAAUGCAUGAGAAAUACAUCAAUCAACUACGUCGUAGGGAAGCAAGGAGAAUAGCAAAUUCUGCAAGAUUACAAAUCCCUGUACCUGGAAAAAUAAUUCACAAAGGGGAUGUAGUUAAAGCUGCAAAAGUUGCCUUGGCUUCUGAAGCUAGAGAUGCCAUCAACAAGUUUCAACAGUCCCAAGUCAAUUUCAUGGACAACACCUUUUGUUCUGAUGAGGAAAACAUUGACGACAAUGUAUAGUAGUAGCCAUUUGACAUCUAGUUUUAGACUUUGUAGCCUAGUAGUCAAUA